AUCGAUAGUAUCGAUAGUGCUCCGAUAUUAGCGUGUGUAAAUUUGCGAAAAUAAAAUUAAAAUAGGCGAAAAAUAGUCUCGGGCUUAGCUAAAAUGGGCAGCGCGCUGGAAAACUAUGUGAAUCAGGUGCGCACGCUGAGUGCGUCUGGCAGCUACCGGGAGCUGGCCGACGAGCUGCCGGAGUCACUGUCGCUGCUGGCCCGUAACUGGAGUAUCCUGGACAACGUGCUGGAGACGCUGGACAUGCAGCAGCACACGCUGGGUGUGCUCUACGUGCUGCUCGCCAAGCUGCAUAGUGCCGGCACGGCCAAUCCGGAGCCGGUGCAGCUCAUCCAGCUGAUGCGCGACUUUGUGCAGCGCAACAAUGCGGAUCAGCUGCGCUUUGCUGUGUGCGCCUUUUACGAGACAUGCCAUCUGUUCACGGAGUUUGUUGUCCAGAAGAACCUGAGCAUCCUGGGCCUGCGCAUCUUGUCGCGCGCCAUCGACCAGAUCCGACAGUUGGACACCCAGCUGACGCCCAUUCACGCCGAUCUCUGCCUGCUCAGUCUAAAGGCGAAAAACUUCGGUGUGGUGCUGCCGUACCUGGACGCGGACAUCACAGACAUCUCCACCGUGGCCGGCGAGUGCAAGACCCAGCAGCAGCAGCAGUCUCAACACACGGAUGCCAACAACGAUGCCAAGUACUUCCUGCUGUACUACUACUACGGUGGCAUGAUCUACACGGCGGUGAAAAACUACGAGCGCGCCCUCUACUUCUUCGAGGUGUGCAUCACCACGCCAGCCAUGGCCAUGUCGCACAUCAUGCUGGAAGCUUACAAGAAGUUUCUCAUGGUUUCACUCAUUGUCGAGGGCAAGAUACCGCAUAUACCAAAAAACACACAGGUCAUUGGCCGCUUCAUGAAGCCGAUGGCCAAUCAUUACCACGACCUGGUCAAUGUGUACGUGAAUUCGUCAAGCGAAGAGCUGCGCAUCAUUAUCCUCAAGUACAGUGAAGCAUUUACGCGUGAUAACAACAUGGGACUGGCCAAGCAGGUGGCAACCUCCUUGUAUAAGCGAAACAUCCAGCGGCUAACGAAAACCUUUUUGACCCUCUCCCUGAGCGAUGUAGCCAGCCGUGUGCAGCUGUCCAGUGCCGCUGAAGCGGAGCGUUACAUAUUCAACAUGAUAAAAUCUGGUGAAAUCUAUGCCAGCAUCAAUCAAAAGGACGGCAUGGUGUUGUUCAAAGACGAUCCAGAGAAAUACAACUCACCGGACAUGUUCCUUAAAGUGCAAACGAACAUAACUCAGGUUCUGGAUCUAGUUAAGCAAAUCAACAAAAUGGAGGAGGAGAUCAUAUUGAAUCCACUGUAUGUUAAAAAGGCCCUUGGCAGCCAGGAUGAUGACCUAACGUCGCAGCAUCCAAAGACCUUCUCGGGCGAUCCCACAGAUUGAUUAUGCCACCGCCGCAAAUCCACCAGCAGCAGAUUGCUCUGCUAUCAUCUUCGUUCGCUCAUCCAAGUCGCAGCUGCGAGGCCCUGGGCCUCCGAUGCGCUGAAGACUCCCCGCAGUCCAUACUCUCAUCCAGCUAAAAUAACAACAAACUGCGCUCUAAUUGCAAAUUUAUAGAUGAACAUGCUAUUUUAAAUAAACUAUGUAUAAAUCUA